AGGCUUUUCCUCAUUCUCUCCCUGUAAAAUCCGAUACAACAGCCCGGAAUCCUCCGUUCAGCAUCCGUCAUCUAGCCGGUCGGAAGAACAAUUACUCAGCUGGUGGAUUUAAUUGAAUCGAUUCAACCAUCACGAAGUCACCUCCUUAUUCAAUGAAAGGUGUUCACUACGAUGGCGCCACCAAGUAGCGCCGCCGCCGCCCUUUCUUCAAGAUAAUCUCUAAGAGCCUUCUCACCAAUAACAUAAAAGGUGGACGUACAAGUUGUUGUACAGGAAAGUUUCAGGGGUUUUUGAUGAGUUUUUGUUUAGCAUUUCUUAUGUUGGCGCAUUCGAGUAGUGCUCAUUCUGUUUCCAAAGAACUGGCAAAUGAAAAAGAUAAGGUCAUGACUGAUGCUGACAGCAGACUUCCUACUCAGUUAUCACCAAUUGAAAUAAGUAGUUCGAAUAAGGAAUUGGAAUGGAUAGAUCGGCAACAAAAAGUUAAGGAGGCUUUCAGCCAUGCAUGGUCUGGAUAUAAGAAGUUUGCAAUGGGUUAUGAUGAGUUUAUGCCACUCAGCCAGCAGGGAGUUGACGUGUUAGGAGGUCUAGGUGCCACUAUUGUGGAUGCUCUUGAUACUUCUAUGAUAAUGGGGUUAGAUGAAGUUGUUUCUGAAGCAGGCUUGUGGAUUGAGUCAGACCUUUCAGAAAGGAUUAGCAGGAAACAUGAAGUUAGUUUAUUUGAAACUACAAUACGAGUUUUAGGUGGCCUUCUGAGUGCAUAUCAUUUGAGUUCAGGAGAUCAGGGGAUGAACAUAACACAUAAGGCGCUUAAAGGCCCUAAACCAAUUGUUUAUCUAGAUAUUGCCAGAAAUUUGGCUGAUCAUCUGCUAUCUGCCUUUACUUCCAGUCCAACCACUUUUACUGAUGUUGUCUUACAUGAGUCUUCUGCCCACGGCAGAAUUAGCUGUACUGCAGAAGUUUCCACUUUACAGCUUGAGUUUAAUUACCUCAGUACAAUUUCUGAUGAUUUAAAGUAUUGCAGGGAAGAUGUGAAACAAUAAUAAUCUAUCUAAAGAUGAAACAAGAUCCUUAAAAGUCUAUCAAAGGAAUAGUGCAUGAUUGAUUUCUUGUUUUUUAUCAGGAGAGAUACCUCCAAUAGCAUAGAAUGAGAUAUUAUUUUUGGUAUUUAAAAAUAUGCCAGAUUUUUGCAUGUUGCUAAUGUGCUAAUGAUGUUUGAUCUGCCUUCAUACAAUAAACGUCAAAGCAAUUAUAUCUCUUACUCGUGUGUUGAGAUCUAUCAGCUAGGCUGUCCAGCUAGGGUUGCUUUCUUCAAUCACUUGAGCCAAUGAUAUAUGGUGUAGAAAGAUUCAAUUCAAUCUGUUGGCACUUUGCAGAAUCAACCAUUGGCUUUAAGUCAUAAUUUUCUAUGUUCUAUGUUUGUCCUUGGUGGUGAUAGUUACAUUUUUCCGAAGGAACUCUUUAAUAUUGAAUAAAUAUCAAUGUAACCC